CUGGUGCUCAGGGUAUAAAGGCUGGCGGCGGCGCAGAGGCCAAGUCUUCCAGUGGAGGAUACAUCAUGGCUCGCUGGGAGGUUGUGUGCCUGUCCCUCACCUUCUGCCUGGGGGCAGUGAGGGCUGCCAAGCUGGGCAUCGUGAACACAGAAGGAGGCUUCGUCGAAGGGGUUAAUAAGAAGCUGGGCCUCUUUGGGGACUAUGUGGAUAUCUUCAAGGGAAUCCCUUUUGCUGCGCCUACGAAGACCCUCGAAGACCCCCAGCCACACCCUGGCUGGCCAGGCACCCUGCAAGCCAAGGACUACAAGAACCGCUGCAUGCAGUCCACGCUUCCCCAGACGGACACUCGGGGCAGCGAAGAUUGUCUGUACCUGAACAUUUGGAUCCCUCAAGGCAAAAAGCAAGUUUCGACCAACUUACCCGUGAUGAUCUGGAUCUACGGGGGCGCCUAUAUCUGGGGAGGUGGGCAGGGCCCCAACUUCCUGAAAAACUACCUCUACGAUGGGGAGGAGAUCGCCACCCGGGGGAAGGUCAUUGUGGUGACCUUGAACUACCGCCUGGGACCCCUCGGCUUCCUCAGCACAGGAGAUGAGAACCUGCCAGGAAACUACGGGCUCAAAGACCAGCACAUGGCCAUCGCCUGGGUGAAGAGGAACAUCAAGAACUUCGGAGGGGACCCAGACAACAUCACCCUCUUUGGGGAGUCUGCGGGGGCCGUCAGCGUCUCCUUGCAGACGCUGUCUCCGUACAACAAAGGCUUGAUCAAGCGGGCCAUCAGCCAGAGCGGAGUGGGCCUGUGCUCCUGGGCCGUUCAGAAGAACCCCCUCUUCUGGGCAAGCAAGGUAGCGCAGAAGGUGGGCUGCCCGACACACAACACCACGGCCCUGGCCAACUGCCUGAAGAUCACGGACCCCAAAGCUCUGACGUUGGCCUACCACCUGGAAGUGCUCAACCUGCAAUACCCCCUGGUCCACUACCUGGCCUUCUCCCCGGUGGUCGAUGGAGACUUCAUCCCCGACAGCCCCGACAAGCUCUUUGCCAACGCUGCCGACAUCGACUACAUGGCUGGCGUGAACAACAUGGACGGGCAUUUCUUUGCCGGGCUCGACCUGCCAGCCCUCAACCGCCCCCUGGUGAAGAUCACAGCGGAGGAGGUGUAUCGUGUGAUCCAGGGGCUGACUUGGGAGAAGGGCACAGAAGGGGCCAGCUCAGCCUUCUCGCUCUACACUCAGGUGUGGAGUGACAGCGUCACCCAGGAAGUCAUGAAAAGGACCGUGGUGGAUCUGGAGACCGAUUAUAUAUUCCUGGUGCCCACCCAGCAAGCCCUUCAACUCCAUUAUGAAAAUGCCAAGAGCGGCAAGACCUACAGCUACCUGUUCUCCCAGCCGUCUCGAAUGCCAGUUUAUCCCAGUUGGGUAGGGGCGGACCAUGCUGACGAUCUUCAAUACGUGUUUGGGAAGCCCUUUGCCACCCCACUGGGCUACUGGCCUCAGCACAGAACCGUCUCCAAGGCCAUGAUCGCUUACUGGACCAACUUUGCCAGAACGGGUGAUCCAAACAAGGGCGAGUCUUCUGUGCCCAUCGGCUGGGUCCCCUACGACCCCGUGCACAGCUACUACCUGGAGAUCAACAAAGAUAUCAACUACGAUUCUGUGAAGCAGGGCCUGAGAGCCCCCUUUGUGCAGUUCUGGAACGUCGCCUACCGCAACCUUCCAAAUGCAGCAAGCACCCUGGAGGACGAGUAGAACUCAUUUGCUGGAAACAUUAAAUUUGAGCUUCUGGCUUCGAA